GAUCCUUUCACAAUAACCCUUGCAGCAAACUUCUGCUUCUCUUCUCGGGCAUUUCUGAGCAGGACACUGGGGUGCUGGACACUGCUCCGUCUCCCCACCUGAUGGACAAGGAGAUCAAGAUGUGGAUCAUGUGGGCCAUGCUGAUCUGCCUGGCUGGAGGGCAGCCUGCCAGUGACACGCUCUGCAGGACCUACGGCACCAUCCCAGGCAUCCCAGGGUUACCAGGACAGCCUGGCAGCGAUGGCAGGGAUGGGGAGAACGGCCCAAAGGGUGAGCAAGGACCCUCUGGCCUGAGUGGAGCAGAGAGAGGGGAGAAGGGAGUCCCGGGACUGCCGGGACCACCUGGGAAGGUUGGUCCCAGUGGCAUCCCAGGUCCAGUGGGUGUUCCAGGUGACAGGGGAAUGCCUGGCCCCGCGGGAGAACCUGGUGGCUACAAGGUCACCUUCAAGUCCGCGUUCUCCGCUGCCAGGAGCCUGAGCUCCUACCCCCGCCGGGAGCAGCCCGUCCGCUUCGACCGCAUCAUCGCCAACGAGAACGGGCACUACGAGAACCGCUACGGCCGCUUCACCUGCCGCGUGCCCGGCAUCUACUACUUCACCUACCACGUCACCUCCCGGGGCAACCUGUGCCUCAACAUCAAAAAGGGCCAGGGUGCCAGCAGGGGCGACAGGGUGGUGACCUUCUGUGACUUCGUGCAGAACAGUUUCCAGGUCACCACGGGUGGUGUGGUGCUCAAGAUGGCCAUGAACGAGUCUGUCUGGCUGGAACCGACAGAGAAGAACUCCUUGGUGGGGCUGGAAGGGUCUGACAGCGUCUUCUCUGGCUUCCUCAUCGUCCCCGAGGCUUAGCCCACUGGAGCUGUGUCUGUGGCCAAUCUCUGCAGUCCCUGCAGAGCUGAGGACUCCCCUGGAAACUCUUUGCUCCCAAAUUGGUGCUUGGAGCACGCUGCUGCCAUUCUUGCACAAUAAAUGACAGCUCUUUGCA